UACCUUCAUAAACCUUUCAUUACUAUAAAUAAGACCAUCAAUUAUUCCAAACUUCAACCCCCACUCAAAAAAAAAAAAAAAACAAAUGGAAGAAAAAGGCUACCAAGACUUGCUUCCUGUGAUGGCAGAGAAGCUAGAGUUAAGUAGUUUCAUGGAGGAGCUAUGUGGCGGUUUUCGUCUACUAGCAGAUGAAAAGGUCGGGUUGAUCACACCCGAAAGUUUACGAAACAAUUCAACAGUCCUUGGAAUGGAAGGAAUGAGCAUGGAAGAUGCACAAGGUAUGGUUAUGGAAGGAGACCUUGAUGGAGACGGAUACUUAAACGAAACCGAGUUUUGUAUACUUAUGAUAAGACUUAGUCCAGAAAUGAUGCAAGAUGCGGAGAUGUGGUUGGAGAAAGCCAUUGAAGAUGAGAUCACCAAUUAAGAAAGCUUGUACUUCAUCACCUAGCUAAUUGUUGAAUAAAUAUAUAUAUAUAUAUAUAUGAUGGAUAUGUACGCGUUCAUAUAUAUCAUCAUUUUCUUUGUUUGUUAAUUACCGUACUACUUAUAUAAAUAACUAUAUAUGUAUGUGUAAUUAUCAUGUUGUUCAAAAUGGCCCGGCCUAUGAUUAUGGUCAAGCUUUAA